GCUAAUAAUGCAAAGAAAUAAACAAAACGAACUGUAAAAAAAAAACCAUGAAUAUCCAACUUUUCCUAGCACUUCUUCUUUCGUCGCUCCUAACAGUCCCUUGUUUCGCUCAGAAUUUUGCUUGUGACAAGAACAUUCCUGAAACGAGACAGUUUCCCUUCUGUAACACAUCCCUGUCAUACGAGAACAGAGCCAAGGAUCUUAUCUCACGCUUAACGUUACAAGAAAAGGCGGAACAACUAGGAAAUCAUGCUGCUGGGAUUUCCCGUCUAGGCGUCCCUGCUUACGAGUGGUGGUCUGAGGCACUUCACGGCGUGGCAAGUGUCGGUUAUGGUGUACAUUUUAAUGCUACAGUACCAGGUGCCACUAGCUUCCCAGCUGUGAUUUUGUCCGCUGCUAGUUUUAAUACAACAUUAUGGUUUAAGAUGGGACAAGUGGUGUCAACUGAGGCCCGGGCCAUGUAUAAUGUCGGUUUAGCCGGGCUAACAUAUUGGAGUCCCACCAUUAAUGUGUUUCGAGACCCAAGGUGGGGUCGGGGCCAAGAGACACCGGGGGAGGAUCCUCUGGUGGUGUCAAAAUAUGCUGUAAAUUAUGUUAGGGGCUUGCAAGAAGUUGGCGAGGAAGGAAAUUCCACUGGAAAUAGACUUAAGGUAUCGAGUUGCUGCAAGCAUUAUACUGCAUAUGACCUUGACAAAUGGAAAGGUGUCGAUCGAUUUCACUUUGAUGCCAAGGUGACAAAACAGGACCUAGAGGACACAUUUCAACCGCCAUUUAGGAGCUGUGUGGAGGAGGGUCGUGUGAGUGGUGUGAUGUGUUCAUAUAACAGGGUUAAUGGCAUUCCUACUUGUGCCGAUCCAGACCUGCUUAAAGGGGUUAUCAGAGAACAAUGGAAUCUUGACGGAUAUAUUGUAUCAGAUUGUGAUUCCAUUGAGGUUUAUUAUGACAGAAUCAAAUAUGCAGCCACACCUGAAGAUGCAGUAACCCUGGCCUUAAAAGCAGGUUUAAACAUGAACUGCGGAGAUUUUUUGCCAAGGUAUACAGAGAAUGCAGUCAAGUUAAACAAAAUUGAAGAAUCUAUUGUAGACCAAGCCUUAAUCUACAAUUAUAUAGUCCUAAUGAGACUUGGAUUCUUUGACGGGGACCCAAAAUUGCACCCAUUUGGAAAUCUUGGACCAUCAGAUGUAUGUACUGAAGAACAUCAAGAGCUAGCGCUUGAUGCUGCAAAGCAAGGGAUAGUCUUGCUAGACAAUAAGGGAGCUCUUCCUUUGUCUAAAAACGCCACAAAAAACUUGGCUGUUAUAGGACCAAAUGGUAAUGCUACCGUGGCUAUGAUAAGCAUCUAUGCUGGUAUACCUUGUGAAUACACUACACCUUUACAAGGACUGCAGAAGUACAUCUCAUCUGUCACCUAUGCAGCCGGGUGUCCAUUCGUGAAUUGCACUGAUGAAUCGCUUGCUGGGCCAGCAACUAAGGCUGCUGCUACGGCAGAUGUGGUGGUGUUGGUGAUGGGGCAUGAUCAAUCUAUAGAGCAAGAGGACUUGGAUAGGGAGAACCUGAUAUUGCCAGGAUAUCAAGAAAAACUUGUGAAGGAUGUGGCUAAUGCUACAAAUGGAACAAUGAUUCUUGUUGUAAUGUCUGCUAGUCCUGUCGAUAUCUCUUUUGCCAAGAAUGAGAGCAAGGUUGGAGGGAUUUUGUGGGUUGGCUACCCUGGUCAAGCUGGAGGAGAUGCCAUAGCUCAGGUCAUAUUUGGAGACCACAAUCCUGCUGGAAGGUCUCCUUUUACAUGGUAUCCAAAAGAGUACUCCGAUCAAGUGCCAAUGACAAACAUGAACCUAAGAGCCAAUGCAACUGAUAACUUCCCUGGAAGAACCUACAGGUUCUACACUGGAAAACCAUUAUAUGAAUUUGGCCAUGGACUAAGCUACUCAACUUUCUCGAAGUUUGUUAUUUCUACUCCUUCUACCUUACUAGUUCCAUUGAAAUCUUUUCUUAAUCCAAGUGGCAUUCCCUCUGUUUAUUCCUCCAAACAAGACCCUUAUCCUAAUGGCCAAGCCAUUGAUGUUUCGAGUGUAAACUGCACCAAUUUGCAACUUGUUCUAGUCAUUGGUGUGAGAAACAAUGGGCCAGCGAAUGGAGAUCAUGUGGUGCUAAUCUUUUGGAAGCCACCUAAAUCAGCAGAGAUAACAGGUCCACCAAAUAUGCAACUUGCUGCAUUUGACAGGGUGCAUGUGAAAAAGGGCAACACAAAUAAUAUAACCUUGGCUGUGGAUGUGUGCAAGGGACUAAGUCUUGUGGAUAGCGACGGACAGAGGAAGCUGGUAACGGGACAGCAUACAUUUAUAAUUGGAUCUCCGAGCGAGCAUCAAGUGAGGUACCAUCUCAACGUUAGGUUGGCUCAAAAUGGAAGCUUGGGAGGAUUCACAUUUAUGUAAUAGAAAGAGGAUUAAUUUCCCAUGAGUGUCCUCAUCCUGGAGUUGAUGUCCUGACUCCUGAUCCGAAAAUACCAGGCGACCCCGCGACCUUAAGCUUAAGAUAGAUAGUAUUUAUGCUAUUUGUACUCGAAAUUAGUUAAAAGAAAAGGAAACAUAAAUAGAAUAAUGGAAAACGCUAUAUGAAGGGUUUGAACUUUCAAGCUUAUAAUUAACAGCUACACGGUCUAAC